UUGACAGCCAAUCUAGUUGAUUUGUCACUUUAGGUAUUCGAAACCUCCUUGGUUGCAGGAUAGCGCCGGUCUGCUGUCCUGCAAAGCUUCACAGUUUUUAUUAUCGCUCGAUUCCUAGAUUACUCAAGUGCAUCUCUAUGGAUAACUCGGGACGGAGGUUUUCAAUGUGUUUAGUGUGUGCAUAAAAUGGACAUUGAGAUCAUGGCUGAUGUGAUAUUUGUGAUCGAAGGAACAGCCAUCAAUGGCGCGUAUAUAAAUGACUUGAAGACGAAUUACUUGAUUCCGGCGCUUGAGUACUUUUCGCAGGGCAUACUAGAUGAUCGUGAAUAUUUUUCGGAUCGGAACACAACUCAAUAUGGCAUUGUUUUGUAUAAAACGGCGCAGGCUAUGCCGAAUAAUUGCUCGGUAACUUAUGGACCUUUCACUAGUCCCCAGAAAGUGUUGACUGUUAUUGAUAAACUCGAUGAUUCAUCCUAUUCUCCCCAAUUCAGCUUAACUGGAGGAAAAAGUGAAUCGAAUGCCAAUUUAGCAGAAGGGCUUGCAACGGCACUCGUUUGUUUCGACGACCUGAAAGAGCGUCGAUUCAACGACGUCAAUGUUCAAAAACAUUGCAUACUGAUUUGCAACAGCUCCCCAUACACAAUGCCCGUCGUAGAAUGUCCUCAGUAUGAAGCAAAAACUGUGGAGCAGCUUGCGGCAACAUUUCAUGAGAAAAAGAUAAAUUUCUCAAUCAUUUCUCCACGGAAAAUUCCGAUCCUUUUUAAACUCUUCAUCACAGCCGGCGGAGACUUGCCUCUGACGACAAAGAAUUAUUGCAAAGAUGUACGGCAUUUAGUUUUGUUGAAAGGAUUCAACUUGAAAGAACGUCCGAUCAGUCCUAAUUCUCAUCCGAUUCCGAACAAUGCAGCAAGUCCAUUGACAACAGUUCAGAACAAUGUGGAAACUCAAGGCAACUUAAUAAUGCCACCGAAUGCAGCAAUGCAAAACCAACCACAACAUCAACAACACAUAAACCCACAAUUCCAAACGGGUCCCCAAAACCCCAUACCCAAUGCAUACAAUGCAAAUACGGCUCAAGGGAACAGAUGGCUUUAUCCACCUCAGCAACGACCAUUUGUCCAAGGAGCCGGGCCACAGCAACCGCAACAGAACACGCUGCACUGUCAGAAUCCGAAUUCUGCUCUCAUUUCGCAGUUAUCUACGCCACCUAAUCAACCUUUGGGCGGCCAAAUGCUUACUCCAGCGCAACAGCAGCAGCAACAAGUCCUCCGCAUGCAAAUGAUGAAUCAACAGCAGCAACAACAACAGCAAUUGAAUCAAAUGCAACAGCAAAAUUCACUGAAUCCUUCUCUAAUUGCAGCAAGCACACAUGUUCCACCGCAGCAGCAACAACAACAGCCAAAUCAACAGCAACAACAACAAAGUGGUCCGCCAGAUGCUGGCGCAACACGGGCUCGUGAAGUGAUUUGGUCGGGACUUCUUGAAUGGCUAGAAAAGACUAAGCCUGAAAGUACGAAAGUAGCACGAUCGGUUCCAUGCGAAGUUACGGCCAAUAUGAAGGAUGGAGGACCUGAGAUUAAAGCAGAGAACUGGCCGGAUAAGCUUAUCAUGCAACUUAUGCCGAAACAACUUAUUGGAAACAUCGGCGGGCAAUAUCUUAAGGACUCGAAAACGGUGGUCUUCAAACCAAACUCAUGUGACACUCUAGAAUCUCUGAUUAAAGUUAUGAACACUGGAGUGGCAGGAUGCGUGCAUUUCACAACAUCAACGAACAACCAGCCAAGCUGUGAUAUCAAAGUUCUCAUUCUCCUCUACACCGCUGAGAAGAAAACAUUCUUGGGUUUCAUUCCGAAUAAUCAACAAGGAUUUGUGGACCGUCUUCGAAAAGUUAUCCAACAAAAACAAGGGAUGGGCCAACAGACGGCCGGAGGUAAUAUGCAACAGCAAAAUAUCCAUGUUCCGAAUAUGGCGAACCCUCAUCCACAACCGCAGCAAGUGGUGCCGAAACCGCCACAAAUGGUGCCCAACAUUCAACAAAUGCAAGAACAACAGCAACAGCAUUUCAACGCUUAUGGUCAAAUGCCGAUGCAAAUGCAGGAUAACAUGAACGCAGUUCAGCAAAACGACUAUAAGAUGAACAUGUUGCAACAGCAGCGCAUUGACGCGAUGAUGCCUCAGCAGGGCAUGGUUGUGAACCAAGUAGCGGUUCAAGGACAACGAAUGGUACGGCCAAUGAUGAACAAUAAUAAUCCAGGAUUAAGGCAUCUUUUGCAGCAGCAACAAACUGCGCCAACAAACCAAUUCCGACCAGCGAUGGGGGCAAUGCAAAAUCCGAACAUGGGCGGGCCGCAUGUUCCAAAUCGGCCCAACACUUUUGAAGAUCCGAACUUUGAAUUUAUGUGAAAGCUGAUGAUGUUCAAACAAGAACGGGAAUAGAAGAAGGGUCAGAUGAAUUGAUUACUUUCUAUUUAAAAUUUAGGCUGAGAAUAUAACUUCAAUUAUAACCAA